CCCCCUUUUCACCUCCAAUUCACUCUGUGUCUGUUCUCCAUUUACAUAUACUAGAAGGAAAUGCUGUCACGUCUGGCCACCCAGCGCAUUGCGCUUCGCAGUAUUGCUCGCCCGUCGGCGAUUCCCACUCUGCGUUUCAAAUCUACCCACAUUGAGGCUUCCGAGGUGCCUGAGUCGGCAGUUCAGCAGGCGCCGAACCGCGACACCACCUGGACCGAGAGCCAGAACCCGCGCUCGACAUUCGUCGAGGACCCGCGCUUUAUCGGCAUUGAUUUCGACGGCCAGCCGCGUCCGAUGGCUGCCAUUGACCUGGUUGCUGAAGAGCCGGUGCGUCAAAUCGAGGGCCGCCUGGCGUGCUGCGACGGCGGAGGCGGUGCCAUGGGCCACCCGCGUGUGUGGAUCAACCUGGACGAGGGCCACCCGCAGAGCUGCGGUUACUGCGGCCUGCGCUUCCAGAUGAAGCCCCACCACCACUAAGUCUUUCUAUUUUUGUUUCUGCCAGUUUCUCUGAAAUAUACACCCAACACCGCCCGCC